AUGAAUUCUUCAAACGCAACUGAAUUUAAAACAUCAGCACAUGAUGCCAAUGUACUAACAUGUGCAAAUCAUCCAACAGUCUUUGGUACUCAUAAAUGUUAUCGAUGUCAGAAAAUAUUAUGUUUACAAUGUUAUAAUCCACGCGGUCCAGGCUAUGGAUUUUGUCCAGAAUGUCAUGCAGCAGAAUCACAAUCAUGCUGUACAAUAUCAUAA